AUGAAGAAACUGACGAAGAAGAGGUAACUCGCGGUAGGGGUAAAGACCGCGGCAGUGAUGUAGAUACGUCGACUAGUUUCGCCCGGUGACUCUAAACGAUCGGCAGGCUUUUCGCGGUCCGCGAAAACUGUCAAACUCACGGAGUGCGAUCCCGAAAAACGGGACUAAUUCGGAAACUGAUCUCGUACACCAACUGACACUCAUCAUCAUUCGAAGCGUCGAUGUGAUACGUCGUCGAUCCUCGACGUCGCAACGGCGACGACGUUGUCGCACAGAAACCUAUAUCUAUCGAAGACGCGCAUCUGUCGGAAACGCGCAUCUCGAGAUUACGUAACGAGAAAAAGAAGGACGUCGAUGAAGGUUGAAUUGUGAAAGAGAAUUUGCGAGAAGCUACAGGGUACGCGAGAAAUUAACAUGGAAGAGUGUAAAAAAACUAAUGAGGAUGUUUAAAGCCAUAUUAUGCGAACUUUAACUAAAAAAAGUUCAGCUAAUUUUUAUUCGUAAUUAGUUAUCAAUGAUGAUAUUCUUAUUAAAUUGACAUAUGUGAAUAUCUUAUCUAAAAUUCAUAUGUAAAGUAAUAACGCAAACUCUUAAUUAAAAUUAAUAUUACAAUUAAAAUUAAAUCUUUUAAUUGCCUCAAGUAUAAUAAAUCAAUUUAUUGCUAUCAUCUCGAGCGAGAUGUUGGAAGAUACCGACAUACGUCAUUCGCACAAAACAUCUUAAGAACAUAACAGUUGUUCGCGGGAAAUACGUUAUCAUGGAAGACAGUUGGUCACGGAUGGAAGAGAAAGAAACGGCGAGUGUUACAUGUAUGACGUCGAUGCAAUUAACUGACAGGAUAGUGACAAAAAUAAAGAACGACUAUUACGAAAACGAGCAAUUUCCGUUUACGAGUCUUUCCCGGAAUAAGCUAAAAAAGGAUGAAAUUUAGACACGCCAUUAGACAAGCUAGUCAAGGCGUUAUUUAUUGAUGAAAAGCUAAUGGAUUAUUUAAUGAUUUGACCGAUAAAAUGACUUUCACUCCUAUCAUUCAAAUGCGUCUAGCUACGUUAAAGAAACGUAAAUAAUGUAAGUUCGUUGUUGAUUUGACAAAAUCGUGGCGAGUCGCGAAUCUAAGAGGGGAGUUGAUCCCCCUCGGCCAAAAGUCAAGGAACAAGCGAGCCCUCCGUGGCGCACACAGAAAUGGAAAGAGCGGGCUAUAGACGACAUGAUGCAGAGAAGAGACUCGAGCAGAUCAAUGAGAUGCGAAGAGAAGGAAAGCUCGUUUUUUUCAUCGCGCAAUUCUGGUCAAAACGAUAUCAAGAAGCUGCGCAGGGAAAAUGAGCAACUACGUAGGGAAAUAUGGAGCCUCAGGGAUGAAUAUGACAAGCUCGAGGAAAUUUUGAAGAGGCAGAAAAAUCACGACGAAAGCGAAGAGUACGAGGAUCGCUCCGAGGAGGAUGACGACGCGCAGUCGGACUUUUCCUGCGACGAGGACGAGGAAAAGUACGAGGAAAACGAAAAGGCAGCCGAGGAUUUUAACCAGGAGGAACAGUUAGAAAACGCGGAGAAUCAGAAGAUCUCUUCCGAGAAGAUGAGCAGUAGUUUGCAUCGGCUUCACGUGGAGUUCGACGAUCUGUCGGUCGUCGAGGAAGAGGAAGAACUGAAGAGGGAUAAGGAGAGAAAGGACGCGACCCCGUCGGAUGAUGGCCAGAGAAACGAGGCCGCUCGGCACCCACCCCCGUCCAUCCUCGGCCCUCGGCAACUUCACGAUAACAUCCCGUUUUAUCCGGCCACGUACGAACCGACGAGUAGUUUUAGCGGAACCAGUUAUUACGCCGAGUGCCCGUUCGAAUUCCCGAGUACGAUCGAUUUAAUGCUGGCCGCGGAUACGCCCGCCUUAUUGGUUUCGCCCUGCUCAAGAUUACAGUCUGAUCCAUUGAUCCCGCCGAUCGGCCUCAACACCGAUCUGGAUCGAGUGACUGAUCCGAUGCUACCUCAAAUUCACGUUCCGCCUGUUGGCUGGCAAAACGACGUGGUUUCUCAAAAACAACUGCCGAUUUAUGCGGGUACGAGCGUCGCUCCCAUCGCAUCAGUAACAAGGAUGCAAAUGAUGAGAAAACCGGAUUCGCACUCGGAAUAUCAGAAAAUGAUUCCUUCAUCGGGAAACUCGAUAUCUUCCGACGCUUUUAGUUUGUCGAGAAGGAAUGCAAGUACGAAGCCAUCCGCGAAAUUCCAAACCAUGUCAGCUAUUCAAGAUUCGCGAACGCAGCUUUCAAAUUCCGAAGAAGCGCUCGGCAAGAACAUUUGGAACGUCACCGCGAAUUUUAUCGAUAAAAAGCAGGCAAUGACGAACGGAGAAAAAAAUGUGCAGAAUUCACGAAUUCAAAAUCAAAAUACAGAAGAAACUAGCGUCGCGUCUACGAUGCUGGAGAAGCCAAAACAUUUUUUCGCGCCGCUGCCUUUCAAGCUGAAAAAACAAGAAGAAGAAUCGCCUACCGCGAGUAUGAGUCAUUUUGGAACAGGAACUAGCUCCAGCAGCGGCAAAACAGCUUCCACGAUCAUCUCCAGAAUCAAUCCUUUCGUAGCGCAAAAAGGUUCGGCGGAUAUUUACGUAAAUGGCGCAAUACCUUGCGAGGAUGAAAAUAAAAAUGAUUCAAAGACAUUCCUGAGUACCGAUAAUCUGUUGAUGGUGGAUAACAGAAGCGCUCCGAGUAGUCAAUUGACAAAAUCGUUAUCAUGCCAAAAUCUUUCGAGCGAAUCUCAAAGUAUAGCUCAACGAUUAAAAUUGAAUCAUGUCGAAUCUCAGAUGUUGACAAAAAGCGAUAACGCUCUGGAUAAUAUAACAAACAAUUCCUCCAGUAAACCGUAUAAGAGUCAUCUAAACGUGACAUUGAAGGUACCGCAAGUCGAGCGAACACCAAGCCCAGAAGCACCGGAGGUUCCCAACCUACCCUCGAUAGAUUACCGCCUCUUCAGGAAUCCCUUCCUGAGAAACUUCGACAAGAUCUGUCCCAGCUAUCAAACAGAACCAAAACUACCUUCUGGCACAACGCCGCUCUCUAUUCAAGUAAAUGACGAUGCCCUCCCUUAUCAAUAUCCUAUGCCGACUUACGGUCGAGGAGUCCACUUCAGCGAGAAGUUUCGAACUACGCACUUGCCGGAUCAGAAUCGAUCGCUGAUACCUGGUGAUCAACUGAUGAGCGGCAAACAGGACAUCCAAGUGACUUCCUUCGAGAAACCAAGUCCUUGCACUUUGAUACCUUCCGCUACUCCAUACGAUCUGACCACUCUAAGAAGAUUGAACGCGAAUCGAUAUCUUCAAAGCCAGAACUUACACCAAAACGUUCCGUUUAUACCGCGAGGUCAAUUUUAUCCAAGGGGAAACGAAAUGUACUACGAUAACGUCGCGACGAAAGUACCGGCGCAAACGCAGACGUCGCUCGAUGGCGACUCGUAUCACGAAGACGAGGAACCGAUCAGCGCGCCGAAUUCGCCAAAUGCACAGACACGGAAGAAGAUUAUUAAGAGAGACAAAAUUCUAGUCAAGGAUCAGAGACCGCUAUCGCCGGCGGCACAAAGAAGACUGAAGAAGCAGAGCAGCAGCGCCACGUCGACGGAUACGCUCGAUUCGCCGGGAAAAAUGACGCGGAAGAAACCGAGGCGAGUGAGCACGACGACUACGUCUGACGGGCAAGAGGAUAAGAAUGAGAGCAGAUCGUCGUCCUCGGGACAAGAUUCGCCGCGCAAGGAUCAGAAUCGAAGGAUGUCCGCGUACAUUAAUGCUAAGAGACGAUCGUCUCAAACGUCCUUGAAAACAUCGAGAAGCGGCAGUGUGGACGCGUCCAAGGACAAAUAUACGGAUAGCGCCACGCUGAAUUUAGAACACGAAAGGACGAACUCGGUCAGUAGUCGGGAAAUUGCCAGCGCUAAAGCUCGCAAAAGUAGCACUAGCAGUGGUAAUGUGCCAUGGUGCGCGUGUUGGGGAAACGGCUGCAUUUAAUCGCAGUUAGACAUUUUCAAUCCCAUUUAGGGAUAAAACUGGAGAAGUGGAUGCGCGUGCAAAAUGUGAAACACUGAAUUUUUCAUAUUAAAGGCCAAAUAUCAACGAAUAUAUAAUUAGUGCAUUAAUUGCCAUUUAAACAGUAAUUAAUCAUGUGAUCAACGUUCGCGUAAAAUUAAUUACUACGUUUAAAAAAAAAAAAAUACAUAGUAAUUUAUGGAUAAAUAUUUAAAAUUAUUUUAUUAUAUAAAUAAUGUAUAUAUACAACAAUUAUUUUAUCAUUUAGUACUAUUUCAUGUAUUACUAGUCUCGAAAGUUAGAGUAUACACCGGCAGUUUACCGUUUGCAAGAGUUCAGUUUCCGAGAGCGCCAGGUGUAUACUGACCUACUCGCAUUUUACUUGAAUGCCUUUCAGUAUUCCGAUUUCGUAUGCAUCUCGCGGAAUAUUAAAACGAGAAGCUAUCAGUUGAAACGGACGCGAUGAUCCUUAUUUAUUUAAGACAGCUGCAAUUUCUGUCAACGGCGAGAGGUUCUUGCUGCUUUCUGGCCCUCAACCGGGAGAGGGCCGAGUCGACUGAAUAAUUCCAAGGACAAAUACCAAGGGGAAAUGCUGAUGGACCGCGGAAUGAAUUCAGGAAGAAAGACUCUAACCUCCCUAUCGCUGGUAUAAGGACACCGCUAUCGUAGCCAAGUCGUAAAACAAGCACAGACAGCGGUAGUACUGUGGCAGUACUAACGCUGUCGCCUGUGUGACAGUUGUAUCUAAACUAGUUCUGCCGAGAGACCAUGAAGACAAGCCUGCAUCCGCUCUUGAGGCAAAUUUGUUGGGGUUAGCGAGCAUAAGCUUGUCCUAAACACGCGUGCGAAUAAUGGUACGAGCUCUUGAAUUAUGUAGCUCCCUCUAACAGCGAUAACGAUUAAAUUUCUUGAACAAUACGAAAGUCUGAAAUACAUCUAAAAUAUUAGGUAAAGUAUUUUUUAGACAUUUAUGUUAUGCUUUAUACAAGUGUCCACAAUUUUUAUCUUUCACAAAAGAAAUGUACAUAAUUUAUAUACUUAAUUUUUUUUUUUAAAUCACUAUUAUAGAUCUAACGUUUACUCUCUAAUUAUUAUGCAUUAAUUAUUAGUUAUAUUAUUAUUGCAUUAAUUAUUAUUGUAUUAUUAUUAUUAUAUAUGCUGUAAAAUUAUAUACGAAAAAUCAUUUCUAGUCAUUUAUUAUCAUGCGAUUUAUUGCGUUUCAAUAUCUUAAUUUAUAUUAAGAAAACAAUGUCAGCAAUAUUCUCGCAAUGAGUAUUCCACGCAUUUAUGGACAACUUUUAAAAUAAUAACAUUGAGAUAAUAAGGAUGUAUAUAUAAAAGUAAUUGCAUGCCACAUUGAACUAGUAUGUAUCACAUAAUACUUGUAUAUUUUGAUAAUUAAUUUAUAUAUAGACAUUUUAAGAGUAAUAUUUAAUAUGUAAAAUAGUUUAUAAUUACUUAUUAUAAAAUUUUACAAACAUCUCUUCACGCGCACAUGCUCGCAGAAAAAGUCUAAUCUCUUAUGAAGAUUUUUUUCCUUUUUUUUUAAUACAUGUGUUAUGCAUUGUAUUUUUAUACUUUUCAUUCUAAAAUAUAUGAAUUUUUUAUUUAAAAUUA